GAGUAAGAGAGUGAGUGGAAAAAGAAAAAGUCCGGCGGAGAGAGAGAGGGAGCGAGAGACGAAAAGAGAGAGAAAGAAAAAAAAAAAAAACUGUGGAUCCAUUUUAUUGGAGGGGGGGGGACGCGGAUCACAUUUUCACGCCACCGCUGAUGUUUUGUUUGGGUGUCGCGACUCGAGGAUGAAGUUGAGGAGGACGGAGAAGGAGAUUCGACCACGCGACAUCGUGGCGCAUAGUAACUUCGCCGUUUAGUCUGGUGAACGUGUUCCAGUCGCCGUAGCCACGUUCGUUCCCUCGCGCAUAGACGGCCCCGAGUCCUCCGAACUUCGAGGCGCGCCGCCGCUGCCCUGUCGCUCGCGGGCGGAUCAUCGCGAGGCCCCGCGCGCAACUUUUCUCCUCCUCCGCCUCGCGCGGAGUGACUGACGCUCAUCGCGAAAAGUUACCGUCGACAUAUACAAGUCGAACCCACCGCUCCGCUGGACAUGGAGCAGUGACCGGAGAGAGGGUGUUGAGUACCGGGUGGGUUGAAGUGAGUUUGUCGGGGUUUUCAACGGAGAGGUUUUCGUGCCACUUUUUUGCGGGACUUUGCGAGAACAACACCGGGGACGGAGCGGGUGUUGAGCCCCGCGGCGACCUGCUGCUAGCUGCUGCUGCUAGCGACCAGGCUAGCGCCAGAAAGUUCCCCGAAUCGACGUGGAGGGACCGGCCGAGGACCGGCGCCACCCAGCUGACAUGAAGACCCCGGGAGAACCGGGGUUCGCCUUCCCGGAGUGGGCCUACAAGCCCGAGUCCAGCCCGGGCUCCAGACAGAUCCAGCUGUGGCACUUCAUCCUGGAGCUGCUGAGGAAGGAGGAGUACCACGAGGUGAUCGCCUGGCAGGGCGACUACGGGGAGUUCGUCAUCAAGGACCCCGACGAGGUGGCACGCCUGUGGGGGGCGCGCAAGUGCAAACCCCAGAUGAACUACGACAAGCUGAGCCGUGCACUGAGGUAUUACUACAACAAGAGGAUCCUCCAUAAGACCAAGGGGAAACGCUUCACCUACAAGUUCAACUUCAACAAGCUGGUCCUGGUGAACUACCCCUUCAUCGACAUGGGCUCUG